AUGUUUCGUUUUUUUUUCUUUGCACGUUUCUUCUUGCGGCUUCCUCUGAAUGUGCGCAAGUGCGUGGGCCGCUGCGGCGUCGGUGGAUUUGCCUGCAUUCUCACCAACACACGUCUUGGACGGCCGACAAAUACAUGCGAAGGGGCCGUUUUGGGCGGCUGUGCGAAGUUUUUGGCGCGUGUGGGUUUUGGGGUGGCUGCCAUGACCCCGGGGCGCGUACCAGGCGAGGCGACGGCGAUUUUUCUGCUGCGCGAGUACGUCAUUCCGAUUGUUGUCUUCGCACUGAUGGCAGCAUGGCUGCUGCGCAAUGUGGUGCUGCCGAUGUGCGCGGGCGGCGUUGUGUUCACGCGUGAGGCCGCGCCUUCCGAAGACGAGGCCUCAUCGCCCGAGGCCCGUCGGAUGCGUCACGCGGACCCCACUGACGCUGGCGUUUCCGACUGCAGCGAUAAAGUAAAGUGA